UCACCUGCUAAAAAAUAAAAAUAAGAAGUGGCACCUUUAGCCCCAGCCCCAGAAAAGCGCGCACCAGCUGCGCCCUGCGGUCAGCCACACUGAUGACAUGGUGGAAACACGCAGCGUGACGCACGCAGGGCAGCAGAUAGCGCAGCGGUGUGGAGCCUCCACCCUGGCCUGCCUGCGGUCCGAUAACAGAGGAGGGAGACUCUCACCAUUCCACCUCGUCUUCUUCGCUCAGGAAAGGGAUUGUUACUUCACCACCCGUUCGUGCGUUUUGGUUAAUGCGGUGAUUAAAAAAAAUGGUUGAUUAACGCCUUUUACUGCUGUCGCCUGCUGUGAAUCUGACUGUGACCUCCGCUGUAAAGGCAUCUCACUCUGUGGCUGCAAUGCUCUCCAAGAGGGAGAAAGAGCUCAUUGCAACAAUAUGGGCGAGACUGACUCCCGUGGCAGAAGAUAUUGGGUCUGAUGCGCUUCUUAGGAUGUUUGCCUCUUUCCCAGGCACCAAGACGUACUUCUCCCAUCUCGACAUCAGCCCCCGCUCCGCUCACCUGCUCUCUCACGGGAAGAAGAUCGUCCUGGCCAUAGCAGAGGGAGCCCAGGACAUCAGCCAGCUGGCCGUCAGCCUGGCGCCCCUGCAAACGCUGCACGCCUACCAGCUGCGGAUAGACCCGACCAACUUCAAGCUUUUCUCACACUGUAUGCUCGUCACCUUGGCCUGUCACAUGGGCGACGACUUCACACCGGUUGCACACGCAGCGAUGGACAAGUACCUGUCAGCUUUCGCGGCCGUGCUCGCCGAGAAAUACAGAUGAGACCCGACCUCGUGUUUUUAGGAAGUAUAUGAACCCUUUAUAGUAUCUGAAAUAAUUAUGUGUGAGUGGUUGUUAUUAUGCAAUGUUUUGUAAUAAUAAAAAUGUGC